UCUCACAUAACCGUCGGGGAUUUCAUGUUGAAGUCGUCCAGUCUGUGGGUAGAAAUUAGUGUUUUUCCGUCGGAAGAUGGACACUGACAAAUUCAACUAUGUCUACAGCUGUGACCUGGAUAUCAACGUUCAACUUAAGAUUGGAAGUUUGGAAGGAAAGCGAGAACCCAAGAGCUACAAAGCCCUCCUGGAGGACCCCAUGCUGCGCUUCUCUGGCCUCUACCAGGAGAACUGCUCAGACCUUUAUGUCACCUGUCAGGUGUUCGCCGAGGGGAAGCCUUUAGCUUUGCCUGUUUGCACGUCUUACAAAGCAUUUAGCACACGCUGGAACUGGAACGAGUGGCUGCGGUUGCCGGUUAAAUACCCAGACCUUCCUCAGAGUGCUCAGGUUGCUCUCACGGUUUGGGACAUCUAUGGUCCUGGCAGAGCCGUCCCCGUCGGGGGAACCACUGUGACCCUGUUUGGCAAAUAUGGUAUGUUUCGACAAGGCAUGCACGAUCUAAAGGUGUGGCCGGGGGUGGAGGGUGAUGGCGGUGAGCCCACCACCACACCGGGGCGCACCAGCAGCAGCCUGGCGGAGGACCAAAUGGGCAGACUCGCCAAGGGUCCUGACCUGGAGGUACUCAGUGAUCUGACGAAAGCACAUCGGCAGGGACACAUGGUGAAGGUCGACUGGCUGGACCGGCUAACCUUCAGAGAGAUUGAAAUGAUCAAUGAGAGUGAGAAGCGUAGCUCCAAUUUUAUGUACCUCAUGGUGGAAUUUCCUCGUGUCAAAACAAACGACAAAGAGUGCAGCAUUGUCUACUAUGAAAAGGAUGGAGACGAGGCUAUACCUGUUCUCACAAGUAGCGACAUUGUCAAAGUUCCUGACCCUCAGAUAGGAAUGGAGAACCUAGUGGAGAGCAAGCAUCACAAACUGGCUCGCAGCCUUCGCAGCGGGCCGUCUGACCACGACUUGAAGCCCAACGCCGCCACACGUGACCAGCUCAAUAUUAUUGUGAGCUACCCUCCAACCAAGCAGCUGAGCUCUGAAGAGCAGGACCUGGUGUGGAAAUUCAGAUACUACCUCACCACUCAGGAGAAGGCGCUGACGAAGUUCCUCAAGUGCGUAAACUGGGAUUUACCCCAGGAGGCAAAGCAGGCUCUGGAGCUGCUGGGAAAGUGGAAACCUAUGGAUGUGGAAGACUCCCUGGAGCUCCUAUCAUCCCACUUCACAAACCCAACAGUGAGGCGCUAUGCCGUGGCUCGCCUGCAGCAGGCAGAAGACGAGGACCUGCUGAUGUACCUCCUCCAGCUGGUGCAGGCUCUUAAAUAUGAGAACUUUGAGGAUAUUCAAGGAGGCUUGGAGCCAGGCAGCAAAAGAGACAGUCAGGGACUGUCAGACGACUCUCCUCUGGACAGCUCCCAGAUCCUUUCUGGAGCAUCCUCAGCUCCACAGCAGAGAAAGGAUGGAGCGGACGGUGAUAAUUUAGAGCAAGACCUGUGCACGUUUCUUAUUUCACGUGCUUGCAAGAAUUCUACGCUUGCCAACUAUCUAUACUGGUAUGUGAUUGUGGAAUGUGAGGAUCAGGACACUCAGCAGAGAGAUCCGAAGACUCAUGAGAUGUACCUGAACGUCAUGAGGAGGUUCAGUCAGGCCUUACUGAAGGGGGACAAGAGCGUCAGGGUGAUGCGCUCGCUCUUAGCCGCUCAGCAAACGUUUGUCGACAGACUCGUUUAUCUGAUGAAAGCCGUCCAGAGGGAGAGCGGAAAUCGCAAAAAGAAGACGGAGCGACUGCAGGCUCUGCUGGCUGACAACGAGAGGGUGAAUCUGUCCGACAUCGAGCCAAUUCCUCUUCCUCUGGAGCCGCAGAUCCGGAUCAAAGGCAUCAUUCCGGACACCGCGACUCUUUUCAAGAGUGCUCUCAUGCCCGCCAAGCUGAUUUUCAAAACGGAGGAUGGAGCCAUGUACCCCGUCAUCUUCAAACACGGAGACGAUCUGAGGCAGGACCAGCUCAUCCUGCAGAUCAUCUCUCUCAUGGAUAAGCUGUUGAGGAAGGAGAACCUGGACUUGAAGUUGACGCCUUACAAAGUUCUGGCCACCAGCAGCAAGCACGGUUUUAUGCAGUUCGUCCAGUCCGUUCCUGUAGCAGAAGUUUUGGCGACGGAAGGAAACAUCCAGAGUUUCUUUAGGAAACACGCCCCGAGUGAAAAGGGGCCCUACGGCAUCAGCUCUGAAGUGAUGGACACUUACGUUAAAAGCUGCGCGGGUUACUGCGUCAUCACUUACAUCCUGGGGGUCGGAGACAGACACCUGGACAACCUUCUGCUGACAAAGACCGGAAAACUCUUCCACAUCGACUUUGGCUACAUCUUGGGUCGUGACCCCAAGCCGCUGCCUCCACCCAUGAAACUGAGUAAAGAGAUGGUGGAGGGCAUGGGGGGCAUGCAGAGCGAGCAGUAUCAGGAGUUCAGGAAGCAGUGCUACACCGCCUUUCUACACCUGCGCAGAUAUUCCAAUUUGAUCCUCAAUCUGUUUUCUCUCAUGGUGGAUGCCAAUAUUCCGGACAUCGCUCUGGAGCCUGACAAGACCGUCAAGAAGGUGCAGGAUAAAUUCCGACUGGACCUGUCGGACGAGGAGGCCGUUCACUACAUGCAGACUCUGAUUGACGAGAGCGUGGGCGCUUUGUUUGCUGCUGUUGUCGAGCAAAUACACAAAUUCGCUCAGUAUUGGCGCAGAUGAACAAAGCAGACGGUGGACUCGGUUGGAUCAUUGGAUCAGCACAGACAUGGUUGCACCGCUCUGAGCUAUUUGUGUGAGGACAUAAGAAGUCCAGGGACACUGCUGAAAAGGCCAAGAUUGCACUGCCAAGCUUCACUGCAAGACGGACAAAACGAGGACAAUGUAAUUUGCUUCUGUAAAUAUCAUGUAAAAUAAUAAAAGGCGUGAAUGAGAGAAAUGUGAGGCCAAAUAAAAAAUACUGUUGCUACAA